AUCAUUAAGCACCUUUUCUCUCUCUCUUUUGAAUGCGCCAGUAAUAGUAAGUUGAUCAGUGGCAGUGCAAUAAACGAGGAGGUGAUGAGAGGCAGCCUUUCAUCGGGAAGGAAAGGGUUCUCAGACACUCUCAGUAGAACCAGCAGAAACCCCACGUUAACCCCGCGUGCAACCUGUGCUUCUUAACUCUACUGAUCUACUCUCUCUCUCUCCCUCUCUCCGUAGCUCUCUGUCUGAUAUCUAUUAUCUCACACUGAGAGAGAGAAGAAAAGAAAAGAAAAAAUACCCAUUUCCAAGAAGGAAAAGAGAACCCUUUAGGAUUUUCAGCAGAAAGACUGCAAGUUUAAGCUUAAAAACCGGGGGUACUCUUAGGGGAGAGAGACAACAAUGAAAGAGAUAAAUAUGGAAGGAGGAGGAGGCAGUAGUAGUGGUGGUACUUGUAGUAUGAUGAGCUUUGGGGAGAACGAUAUGAAUAUGAUGAUGCCGGCCUUAAUGAAUUCUGGUGUGGAAGCAAUUAAUAAGCAGUUUCUUCCUCUACCUUUGAGCGACAAUUCUUAUAGCCAAAGGGCGGCAUCAGCUGGUUUGAUGCUUGAGCAAGAUAUGGAGACCAACAAUAAUUGUAUGAGGGCUAAGAUUAUGGCUCAUCCUCUCUUCCCUCGCCUCCUGGCUGCUUAUGUCAAUUGUCAAAAGGUUGGGGCACCUGCUGAAGUGGUGGCUAGGUUAGAGGAGGCCUAUGCAAAUUCUGAGGCUACUAUGGAUGGAGGUUGCAUAGGUGAAGACCCUGGACUGGAUCAGUUUAUGGAGGCCUACUGUGAGAUGCUAACAAAGUACGAGCAAGAACUCUCUAAGCCCUUCAAAGAGGCCAUGCUUUUCUUCUCAAGGAUUGACUGCCAGCUCAAAGCCCUAACACUUUCUUCCUCAGAUUCUGGUGGUCGAAAUGGAUAUGGUGAGGAAGAGGUUAAUGCGACUGACAAUGUCAUAGAUCCUCAAGUUGAAGACCGGGAACUGAAAGUUCAGCUUCUGCACAAGUACAGUGGAUAUUUGGGCAGUCUCAAGCAGGAGUUUCUGAAGAAGAAAAAGAAUGGGAAAUUGCCAAAGGAAGCCCGACAGCGGUUGCUGGACUGGUGGAGCAGGCACUACAAGUGGCCAUACCCAUCGGAGUCCCAGAAGGUGGCACUUGCAGAAUCCACAGGUCUUGAUCUGAAACAGAUAAAUAACUGGUUCAUCAAUCAGAGGAAGCGCCAUUGGAAGCCUUCAGAAGAUAUGCAAUUUGUUGUGAUGGAUGCAUCUCAUCCCCACUACUAUAUGGAUAAUAUGAUGUGCAAUCCCUUUCCGAUGGAUUGCACCCCUAUGCUCCUCUGAUGACAUGUUCCUAAUCACUGUAACAUCUUAACUCUGUCUUGAGACUGAUGCUUAUAUUUAAGCGCUUGACAAUCCAGAACUACUAGUCGAAUGUAUGUAUCAAAAUUAUCUUCAUUUGUA